UAUUUUUUAGCCGCAACAUACGAAAAUGUCAAAACACAUAGAAUUAAGAGCAAACAAAUCAUUGAUUGAUGAUGAUUUCGAAAAAUAUCAGUUAACUCUAGAUAAAACUCCUACAAACUGUUUGCCAUUAGUAAAUGGAGUGAAUCAAAUAAUUAUAUCUGAAAAACAGUAUUCCUAUCAACAUUUUUUAGCUUUUGCCCACCACAAUUACUUAUUUAGUGAUAUAUGGGUAAGCGGAAGUGUGUAUUGGAUAAAUAAAAAUAAUCAAAUUGAAGGAAUACAAUAUGACCAGAACAAUUUAAAGGAUGCUAAGAGUCAUGUGUAUUUUGAUAUUCCAAAGAAUAAUUAUAAUGAAUCAAGUAAACUAGGUGGAACCUUAAGUUUUCCCUCACUCUCUUAUAUAUUGUGUUCAGAUGGUCAUGGAAUCAUGUAUAUGUUAUAUACAGGAGAUAGAACAUAUAAGAAAUCUUGGAAACUGAUACAAACUUAUAAAACAUUUUCUCAUGGAGAUGACAUAUUAAUCAAAGGUAGAAAAAGAAAAAUUAUAACUGAUUAUCAACCAUCAAUUUUGCUAGAUUCAUUAUAUAGACAUGAGAUUGUGACUGAUUAUAAACAAUUAUCAGCUGGUCAUCUUGCCGACCAUAAUUUCCUAGAAUGUAUCUCUUUUUGUGUUGAAGAAAGAUUUUUGCAUGCGCCAGAUGAUGCAUUAGAGACUAGUAACGAUAUCAACCCAUCUACCAAAAAGAUGCAAUACGAUAAUUCCGAAAAAGGCGGACCUUUGCCUACUAUCAAAUUUGUCAAGCAAACGCAAUCUAAUGACCGAUUUGACGAUAAUAUCAUCAAUACUGAAACCGAAAUCAUCAGAACAGAUGAGGUCCCAGAGGAAGAAGAUUCUUUAGAUGCACAAAAUAAUGUGAAAGACCCUGAAUUAAAUCAGCACGGCUUUGAAGAGGAAAUCACUAGAACUCAAGACAAUGUAGCUAAAAACAUUAGAAACUCCCAAACUCAUUUCGUAACUUUGAUUGAAUGGGAUACUUUUAUAGAAACAAGUGAACACGUAUUUGAAUUAUUUCGCCAGCGAAUUCUCGAAAGUCCUUGUCACGUCAAUCACGCUGCUAUCGAGAGAAACGGUUUGGCUUUACAUAUUUUGUCUGACAUGCCGUUCAAAUUUAUCUUCGAUUCCGCCAAACGCGGUCCAUCGGAAAAAAUUGUUUUGACAGAUACCAAAAAACCAGUGUAUUAUUGGAGCCAAACGUCCGAAGGUGAUCUCGUGAUUAAAUUAAUUGUUCCUGAAUCUGUAACGGAAUCCGAAAUCGAUGUUACUAUCAAUUCCGAUAGUAUCAAAUUAUGCCUCAUGGAUGAAAGUUCUAAUAAAACUAUCCUUCUGGAGGGCGAAUUCGUUAACAUAAAAGUUGCACCCGAAAAGUCUACCUGGGUAUUGGUCAACGAUAAAAGGGAGGCUAGUGAAGUUGCCAUAACUAAAACAUCUGAUGAAAGUAAGGUCAAAAAUAAUUACUUGGUAAUUACAAUGCCCGCUGACUUAUCCGAUCAAAUACAUUCUUGGCCGAAUCCGCCUAUUAGGUCCUCACUAUUCGAGGCGCAAAUGGAUCCUGAGUAUAGUAAACAAGUUUUGGAAGAUAUAGAUUGUCGUCAGUUGGAACAAAAUUGCGGAAGCAUUUUAGAAUCUAAUUCUGCUCCCGCCAUUCAAAUCCUAACAGAGGAAAAUAACGUGCCCUUAAGUCAGCCUUACAAUGCACAAGAGCUCGAAGAAUGUGAUUCCUAUCCUUCAGACACUAGCCUCAUAGCUAGAUACGAUGGAUCAAGCCAUGCUAUAACUCAUCAAGCAAGCCUGAGUAGCAACAAAUUUCUUUUCACUCUCCAGUCUCAGAUCGCAGGCCAAUGCCCAGCUUUCGCCUUAAGACAUGACGUGCAUGCCACCUUUUGGGACAUUCACUCGAUGUCAGUUAAACACCCACAAGAUUACGUUCCUUAUAUCAACACCUCGUCAUUCGAAGCCCUCGGGUACGUCAUUGCUUCAAAAGAAUCCCGAAAAUUUGCCACUGCUUGGGUCGGUUUACCAUGUACUUACGCGGCUAUUGCCGAUUCCACCAAUCACAUCUUUCUCUAUUACAAGCAGACAAAUCAAAUCGAACAAUCGAAGAGAACAGAAUCGCAAAUGUCUGCUAGUAACACGCUUAAAAAUAGAAAAACUGGUAAGACUUUUGACUUGGAUCAACCUCAUAAUAAGAUUGGUGGACAUAAAUUAGGCGUUCAGAAAUUGAUAACACUCGAGGCUUCGGGCGGUGAUCUGGGGGCUGCCAUUUUAGGAAUGGUUUGCUUGGGAAAUUUACUUGUAGUCCUCGGGAAAGAUAGGAUCUCGUGUGUGGCCAUAUAAAAUAAAUGUUACAUUUUAAAGAUUAUAUUUGAAAAAUUUAUAUAGUUGUAUUAUAAUACAUUGUUGCUCCAUUACUAUUAUCGGAUUUUAUUAUAAUGAUGCAGAUUUUUUUCUUCUAUACUAUACAUUUUAUUAUGUAUUCUUGACGUUUUUAAUAUAUAUAAUUUGUAUACCCUUGUAAAUCAUCAUUUAUUCUUCUCUAUCUAUAUGUAAUUU